CCUCCCUUAUUUGUCAUGUGAGCAGCCUUGAAUAGUGAAGACAGAGGAAAAGUCAGUGUCAGUCGAGCAGGACCGUUCACUGAAGUUCACUGGAUUUUCACAGCGGUAACAUAAUGACUCUACCUGUGACUUUUCUCUUGCUGAUGUUCGCCUGGACCAUGUCUGCGUGGGCUGACACAGAAAGGAUAAGAGAGAAACGUGCAUGGAUUAUUGAUUCUUUUUCUAUCGAAGAAGAACACCCUGGGCCUUUUCCAUAUAAACUCGGCAAGAUUGAACUUGAUAGGAAGUAUUUAGUUCAUUUCGAGCUCUCUGGUCAGGGUGUGGAUGAAGAACCGAAAAAUAUUCUGAAAAUUAAUCGCGAUACAGGUGAGAUUGAUGUAUAUGCAAAGUUGGAUUAUGAAGCUAUGGACAGCAGAAAAGCUCUCAAUCUCCAAUUUAGAGCAAUAAAUAAUUCCAAUAAUGCAGUGGACACGAUGCUCGGAGUUGAGAUCAAGAUACUGGAUAUAAAUGACAACACCCCAGUAUUUAAACAAACAAAUUAUGAUGUCAAUUUGGAGGAAUCACAACAGCAGGAGAAACGCGUUACGGUAGUGUUGGCAGAUGAUCACGACAACUCGAAAACCCCCAAUGGAACUUUCUCUUUUACAAUCAAAUCUGUCACGCCACAAACUGACAACGUUGAGUUUUAUCUCAAACAGUAUGACGAUACAGGGACUAUUUAUUUCAAUGGCUGCUUGGACUACGAGAAAGCUCACAAAUACAAGAUUCUGGUUGAGGCGAAAGACCACGGAGAGAAGGUACAGCUGUCGAGCACAGGCACAGUGAUAGUCUGGAUUAAUGACAAAAACAAUCAUCUUCCAGAGUUCACCGGCCAAACCGGCACUGGGAAAGUAAAAGAGCGAGAGAUUGGCACAGAAGUUUUACGACUUCAAGUAACAGAUAAAGACAGUUAUGGUACAGACGCCUGGAAAGCUAUAUACACAAUCUAUGGAGAUACGAAAAACAUUUUUAAAAUCGAAACAGACCCAGCUACGAACGAAGGGGUUUUAACCGUUGUUAAGCCAAUUGACUACGAGGAGCAAAAAUAUCAAAAUCUGUCCAUCAGUGUGCACAACGAAGUUCCUUACUUCUUCUGUAAGAUUAAGAACCGCACACCGAAUGCAUUGGGAAGGUGGGAACUCGAAAGAUUUUCUGAAAACCCUGACAAUAUUGAUCCAAAACUUUACAAGUCCAUUCCAGUGACCAUUCAUGUUGAAGACGUCAACGAUCCUCCGGUAUUUAUACCACCGGAAAAAAGUAUUGUGGUAUCGGAGAACUUAGAUGUAGGAAUCCAUCUGACCACCAUGACAGCUAAAGAUAUGGAUGGAGGCCACGAGAACACAUUUAAAUUUAUUGUAGGGGAAGAUCCUGCUGGAUGGGUAACCAUUCAUCCGAAGACUGGACUAAUAUCCUCAGCUAAAGUUUUGGACAGAGAAUCAGAAUAUGUAAAUGGCAGCACCUAUAAAGUAAUCCUGUAUGCUGUUGAUAACGGUCAACCACCGCUGACUGGCACAGGGACUUUAUUUAUUAACCUGAGAGAUGAAAAUGAUAACGUGCCAAAAUUGACUGUGGAUCAUGUUAACAUAUGUCUGAACAAGGAGCCCACAAUGGCCAACAUCACAGCUGUAGACCUGGACCUUCCUCCAUACAGCUCACCUUUCUACUAUGAGCUUUUAGGAGAUGUUAAGGGCAAAUGGAGACUUGAUCCCACCACAGGGACAACUGUGAAGCUUAUUAAAGAAAACAACGCCUAUUCAGGCCAUCACAUGAUCCAGAUGAGAAUCGCAGAUCAGCAGGGAUUUUCCAACAUGCAGAAUCUGUCAGUGACUCUGUGCGACUGCUCGGUAGAUUCAGGCUGUCAUGCCAAGAUGGUGUCGACGGUUCGGAUAGGCAGUUCCGCUGUCUGGAUCGUUGUUCUUGCCAUUCUGUUCCUCAUAGCAAUGCUCUUAAUGACACUUCUGAUGACAUGCAAGCGUCCAAAAAUAAUGAUUAGCGAUAUGAUGGAUGAUAACUCGAGUCAGCUGAUUAAAGCCAACACUGAAACCCCAGGAGCAGACUGUCCGAUACCCCUACCAAGACACCAUUCCACCAGAAGCAGUGUAAUUUCAUAUCCACAUCCAGACGUGAAGAAACCCAAUGCAUACAGAGACCAGGUUGUCGCACAGAUACCGACGAUCGUUUACCCCGAUCCGAUGUUUGAAAGGUCAUCUAUAUACAGAAAUUCCUCAAGGCGUUCCUACAGGAGCAUCAGAAAUUUUAAUAGAUCGAGUUUUAGAAGCACCAGUUCUUACAAUCAAGCGUAUAGCAGCACUUCAGCCUUCACGGAAGAUCUCGCCACUCGCAUCAACAAGAGUCUGCUUGCUGUCAAAAGGCGCGAGGAAGACAUGGACUUUUAUGAGCCGCGCUGUUACGCAGAUGAAGGAGAAAUUAUUCCAAAUACUGAUCUGGAUCAAAUCUCAUUACCAGAGACUGACUUUCCUCCAGAAAUGCUUAAUAAUCUGGACAGCAAGUUCAAUGUCCUGGCAACAAUUUGCAGACCCGAUUUGAUGGAAACAUGACAAUAAUAUCAGAAAGAAUAGCGGCUUUUCUGUGUAUGAGACUGAGAAAUUGAACUAAAACAGCGAUAUAUAAUAAUGAAUGAUCAGGGAUAUUGGGCAUCAAAUAUGGGAUGAGGGUCUUCAAAGUGUUUUUCUACUUUUAAAUGUGUCAUAAUGAAUGAGAAAGGUUUUCAUUUUCUGAAGAAACGAAGAGUGCUUGUGAGGCAGCAAUAGAAUAGCGUUAACAUUUACAGGGUUCAUGGAAUUUCUGGAAUAUCAUGGAAUUUUUAAAGGUCAAUUCUAGACAUUGAAGGUCUUGGAAUUUUAUAUAUUUUUCAUGGAAUAUCAGGGCUUUUGUUUAUCACUUUUUAGUUUGCAUGUAUCAAAAUGUAAUCUGCUUUGUGAUGUAAGGAAUGCCGUUUCUUGAUAUUGUUUAUUCAUUUCACGCAUUUAAGUUCAAUGUUUUAUAAAUGUAUGGGGUACAAGGCUCCCGGCAUCUCAUGAAAAUUCAGCUUUUUAGUCAGCGAAAGGUCAUGGAAUUUAGCAUAGAGAAGGGAACUCUGGAUUUAAGUCUUUACAUGCAUUAUCCAGUGCAUAUGAAAGCAUACAUUAUAUCCGUACUGUAUGUGUGUUCCCUGGAAAUCUUCAUGCACAUUCUUGGCAUAUAGAUGAACUCAAAGUGCAUUGAUGUUUGAUUUGAACUAAUUGUGAGUUUGCUUUGAACAUGAACGUGCAUUUACAAUUGAACGUGAAGUCGACUUUACACCUAUAGGGUGUGGUUUGGGUAUAUUUGUCUCGGUAUUUUUUAAAGAAUCCUUAAUGAAAAUAGUGUCAAAAUAGUGCUGCCUUGCAAGCAUCACAGAGAUUUGAUGAAAACCCCACUGAUGGUUUAAAGUUGUUUAUAAGAGACACUCGUCAACAUUAAGGUGCAUGUGACAUAUCUGGGUCUGUUGUUGCCUUGGGGCAGUGAUGAAACAUAAACACUAUGCCUUUUUUUUGUUUUUUUGUUGAACUACUACUGUGAUGAUGUUGCACUGUGAGUGUUUUAGUAUUAUUUGUGUAUUUUUGGGACAAUUGAGUAAUAAACUGCAGUGUUCAAUUGAA